AUGGCGGCCUCGCCUGCGCCGCUCUCGCGAGAGCCGCGCGCCGCCCCGCCCCGCCCCGCGCCCUCAAGAGGCGCCGCCCGCGCCGCCCGCCCCGCCCCGCCAUGCCGCCGCUCCUCCUGCUGCUCUGCGCCCGGCUCUGCGCCGCCGCCCUCAGCGGCCGCGGCGAGUUCCGCCUGGCCGGGCUCUUCCAGAUCCACGGGCUGCGGCCCGGCCGGCCGCUGGCGCGCGGCUGCGGCGUGUGAGUGGGCGAGGGCUCACGGGAGCCGCCGUUCCCCGCUGCCGCCGCGUGCCCGGCGCAGCUCAACCCGCUUUGCUCGCAGGGCUGCCGCCUUCAGGAGCCACGGCUACCACCUCUCGCAGGCCAUGCGCUUCGCCGUGGAGGAGAUCAACAACUCCAGCGCGCUCCUCCCCAACGUCACGCUGGGCUACGAGAUCCACGACACCUGCACGGAGGCCGCCAGCCUGCACGCCACGCUGCGCGCCCUCGGCCGGAACGGACGGCACCGCAUCGAGCUGCUGAGCGCCCUGCAGCGCUACGAGCCGCGGGCCGUGGCCGUCAUCGGGCCCGACAGCACCCAGCUGGCCCUCACCGCGGCCGCCAUCCUGGGCGUCUUCCUCGUGCCGGAGAUCAGCUACGAAGCCUCUCUGGAGAUGCUGAGCCUGAAGCGGUUCUACCCGUCGUUCCUGCGCACCAUCCCCAGCGAUGGGCAGCAAGUGAAGGCCAUUGCGCUGCUGCUGCAGCACUUUGGGUGGACUUGGGUUGCUCUGGUGGGCAGCGACAACACCUAUGGUAGGGAUGGGCUGAACGCCCUCUACGAGCUGCUGGCCACAAGUGACGUGUGUGUUGCCUACCGGGGUGUCAUCCCUGCAACCAAGGAUGCCAGCAGCCCGGAGUUCCACAAGCUGAUCCAAAUCCUCGUGGACAUCAGGGUCAAUGUCACUGUUGUCUUCUCCAACAGGGGGAGUGCCCAGCCCUUCUUUGAGGCAGUGGUGCAGGAGAACAUCACAGGAAUGGUGUGGGUGGGCUCUGAAGACUGGUCUUUAGCCCAAACCAUCUGGCAGGUGCCCGGCAUCCGAAAUGUUGGCUCUGUGAUUGGCAUUUCGGUUGAGCAGGCAGAGCCCACAAUGCUGAAACGCCUUGAAUCUUGGGAAAAUGCAAAGGAACGUGGUGUGUCUGGAAGUGUUGGCAGCACAGGGCUGGUGGGGGAAAAUGGAUCGAGCAGCAGUGAAGGAGUCCAGCUGAACUGUACCCAGCACUGCCCAGGAUGUCACUUGCUUGCUGAUACCCCAGACAUAUAUGACAUUCAGGCCUCUUACAACGUGUACUCUGCUGUGUAUGCAGUGGCCCACGGCCUCCAUGACCUGCUGGGCUGUGCCUCAGGGGUGUGCAGCAAAGGCAGAGUCUAUCCCUGGCAGCUCCUACAAAAAAUCAAGCAGGUAAACUUCAGCCUGCACAAGAGCCAGAUCUCAUUUGAUGCCAAUGGGAACAUUCGUAAAGGUUAUAACAUCAUUGCCUGGAACUGGGGAGGCCAGAGUUGGGCUUUUGAUGUGGUUGGAGCUUUCACUGUGAACCCUGACCAGCUGCACAUUGACCAGAGCAAAAUCCUGUGGCACACAAAAGAUCACCAGGCUCCUGUCUCAGUCUGCUCCUGGCCCUGUGCAGCUGGGGAGAUGAGGCUGCAGCAGAAUCGCCACAGGUGCUGCUUCAGCUGUGUGGCCUGUCCGGCAGGGACCUUCCUGAACAGAACAGGGGAAGGCAAACAAUCAGAGUCAACUCUAGGGAAGUACUUGAGGCGUGAGGUCAUGGUGCCCCACCAGGACAAAUCACUUACCCGGGCCGUGGCUCCCACUUGGGUGCUGUUCUCUCCAGCCCUGUAUGCCUGCCAGGCCUGUGGGAGGGACGAGUGGGCGCCCAUAGGGAGCGAGACCUGCUUCAACAGGACCGUGGAGUUCCUGUCCUGGGCUGAUCCCCUCUCCUGGGUGCUGCUGAUCCCCACUGUGCUCCUGCUGCUGCUCAUGGCGGCGCUGGCUGUGCUCUUUGCCCGGAACGCCUCCACACCGGUGGUCAGGUCAGCGGGCGGCAAGAUGUGCUUCCUCAUGCUGGGCGCCCUGGCCUGUGCCUGCAGCAGCAUCUUCUUCAACUUCGGGGAGCCCACCUGGCUCUCGUGCCUGGUGCGCUUCCCACUCUUCACCAUCAGCUUCACCGUCUUCCUCUCGUGUGUGGCAACGCGCUGCUUCCAGAUCGUCUGCAUCUUCAAACUGAGCGCGCGGUGGCCGGCACUGCACGAGGCCUGGCAGCGGCGCGGCGGCCCGAAGCUGUUCAUCGCGGCCAGCACAACGGCGCAGGCGGUGCUGUGCGUGGCGGCGGUGGCUUCGAGCCCCGCGGGGCCGCAGAGGCUUUACAGCGUGGCGGUCGAUCGCGUGGUGCUGGAGUGCGGCGCGGGCAGCGCGCCCGGCGAGACGGCCGCCAUACUGUACAACGUGCUGCUCAGCCUGGGCUGCUUCGCGCUGAGCUACGCGGGGAAGGACCUCCCAGCCGACUACAACGAGGCCAAGUGCCUGACCUGCAGCCUGCUGCUGCACCUCGCCUGCUUCGCCGCCGUCCUCUGCACGCAGAGCGCCUUCCGCGGGCGGAGCGCGGCGGUGACGACGGCGCUGGGCUCGCUGGGCACGCUGGCACCGCUGCUGGGCGGUUACUUCCUGCCAAAGGGCUUCGUAGUGCUGCUGCGGCCGCACCUCAAUACGGCCGAGCACUUCCAGCGGGCGAUCCGCAGCUACACGCGGCGCCGCGACGACUAACGUCCAAAGCGCG